AUGGCCACGCCCGACGCGCCCGUCGAGGCAGCAACCCCAUCCGACGGCCGCCACGCUCCCAGCUCGCCCCGCAGCCCGGCCGACCUGCCGCGCGGCCACCGACGACCGGAAGACGAGCCGGAACCGCCCCCGAAGAGAAAGCCCCCCCCCGCGCACGGCAGCGACGCCGAGGCCGACGACGCAGAACCCAAGCGCCGUCGGGGGAGCGCCGCCGCCGCCGCGAGCCCCCCCCGGGGCAGGCCCAGGCCCUCCGACGAGGACAAGCGCCGCACCCGACGCCUGUUUGGCGGCCUGCUGAGCACGCUGAGCCAGACCGGCGGCGGGGACGCGCAGCACCGCCGGCGGCAGGAGAUCGAGCGCCGGCAGCAGGAGCGCCUGCAGCGGCAGCGGGACGAGGACGCGGAGCAGCGCGCCGCGCGGCUGGCCCGGACGAGGGAGGCCCGCGUGGCCGAGCAGGCCCGCUUCGAGGAGCAAGUGAUGCGGCACAGGCACGCCAAGACGCUCGCCCUGGCGGGGUUUCUCAAGACGCGCUCGCAGCCUGCCAUUUACUACCUUCCGUGGAAGAGGACCCCCGAGCAGCAGGAGGCGAUCGAGGGCCAGGUCCGCGCCGCGAAAAGCGCGGUCGCUAGGGAAGUAGACGACUUUGAGACGAGGAAGAAGCAGCGCCGAGGGAGCCCCGACGACGCGGCAGCUGCGGAGGCGGAGCACCGCGAGACCGAGCCGCCGGGGGGAGAGGCCGAGGAGCGCGAGGCGACCGAGGAGCAGGAGGACACCGAGGAGCGGGAGAACACCGAGGAGCGGGAGAACAACGAGGAGCAGGAGCAGGAGAAGGAGACGGAGAAGGCGCAGCAGCAGCAGCAGCAGCAGCAGCAGCAGCAGCAGGCGCCUCUGCACGACCCGCACGACGAGUCGGGCGACGUGUUGGUCGAGGCGGACGAGGACAUGGUCAUUUACUAG